UGGAUAAUGUAUUAUCUAAAGUGACCUCAAACAAACCACAAAAGAUCAUACAAUAUUGCAUCACCUUUUUCCCCCUUCUCUACUUCCAAACACACAAACUUCAAACAAUUUUGGUAUAAUUGCAACAACAAUGGGUGUCUCUUUCCUCUCAAUCUCAACUCUUCCUUCUCUCCAUCCACUACUUGGUUCUCAUUAUCCAACAACAACUACAACCAGACACCAACCUCGUUCAGUGUCCAUUUGUUGUGCUAAAAUCAAAACAGAUGUUAGUGAUGAUGAACAACAGUUCCAUUGGAAACGAAGAGACAUUCUUAAAUGCAUUGGGGUCACUAUUGGCUUGGAAUCGAUAACAAACUCUGGAUUGCUUGUUGGAACGGCUAAUGCCGCUGACCUAAUUGAACGCAGACAGCGUUCUGAUUUUCAAUCUGAAAUUAAAGGAACUCUUUAUAAUGCCAUUAAGGGAAAUCCCGAUAUUGUUCCAUCCAUACUAACACUGGCGAUAAAUGAUUCUUUGACUUAUGAUAAGGCAACGAAAACCGGUGGCCCAAAUGGCUCAAUACGGUUCAGCUCAGAAAUAAGUAGACCUGAAAAUAAGGGGCUUUCUGCAGCCUUGAAUUUCAUAGAGGAAGCGAAAAAAGAAAUAGAUUCAUAUUCGAAAGGUGGACCGAUUUCCUAUGCAGAUCUAAUCCAGUAUGCAGCACAAAGUGCAACAAAGGCUACAUUUUUAGCUUCUGCAAUCCGCAAAUGCGGUGGAAAUGUGGAGAAAGGGAAUUUACUCUACACAGCAUAUGGAUCAAAUGGACAGUGGGGUUUAUUCGACCGGCAAUUCGGUCGGGCUGAUACUCAAGAGCCGGAUCCAGAGGGGAGAAUUCCAAUUUGGGAGAAAGCAAGUGUUCAGGAAAUGAAAGAUAAGUUUUCUGCCGUAGGCCUUGGUCCUCGCCAGCUUGCUGUUUUGUCUGCCUUCAUAGGUCCUGAUCAGGAUGCAACAGAAGCCUUAUUAGCAUCUGAUCCGGACGUUGCUCCAUGGGUACAAAAAUACCAACGGAGCCGCGAAACUGUCUCGCGAACAGAUUAUGAGGUUGAUCUGAUAACAACUUUCACGAAAUUGAGUACUUUGGGCCAAAAUAUUAACUAUGAAGCGUAUACAUAUCCUCGUAAGAAGAUCGACAUUACUAAACUCAAGUUGUAAGGAUAGUGUACCAUGUCAUGUUCAUUUACUUCCAUAGGACAGACCUUGAAUUUCAAGUUUUGACUUAUCUUUUUCUCUUUUUUGUUUUUAACUCAAAAAUAUUGAGAUUCUAGUGAGGUAGAACCAUAUCCUCUCUCAUUAUGCUGAAACUAAACCAAUAUUUGAGAAUGAAGCAGAGUUUGACUUA